AUGCUAACAUUUAAACAGUUUGAUUUAAAGUUUAUGAAAAUUAAUACCAAAAUUAAAAGAAUUUUAUCUUUGAUAUUACUAUAUAUACAGUAUAUUUUAUUUUUAAAUCUUUUAGAGGUUAAUUCUCUGCCUCCAAGUUUUAAUUGGAAUAAAGCAUGGAGAGAUGUAACAAGUGAAGGGCUAGUAUAUACAUUUAGUUCAAAUAAACAACCAUGGUAUUCUGGGGUAUCUUUUAGAAUAGUGGGGAAAUUUAAAGCAGUGAAUAGUCAAGAGACUUUAGUAACAAUUCAGAAUGGCGAUUUGUACCAUUGUAAGUUGACGAUAAACUUUGCAUCACAAACAGUAGAUGCGUUAUCUACAGGAUAUACUGCAGAGGAUAAAUGGUCUACUUCCUAUGCUUAUUUUCCCUUCCCAUAUACACCAAAGGAGAUGGAUAUUGACUUAGUUGUUGAAAAGUUAAGAUGGCCAGGAGGAUUUUACUUUUAUAUUUCAGGGCAAGGACCAUAUUAUCCUUGCAACGGUAUAGUAUAUUCAAAUGUAAACAAAUUAACUUUUGGAAAUGGAAAGGAUAACUUCAGUGAUUAUAAUAUUAAAAGAAAUGUUCCUCUGUCAGAUCCUUACAAAAGAGCUUAUUUUUGGGAUGAAUUUGAACAAAGAUAUUACUUUGAUGAUAAAAAUUUGUAUUAUGUUAAUAGCACAGGUAUAGACGAAAAAUCUGGAAUACCAAAUGGUGACAGAAUUCCAAAACAUUAUGGUGGUUGGCCAGAAGAAAUGGAGGUUCAUGUAUUUUCAGCAAGUAUGUAUCCAGUAAAUGAUAAUAAAUAUAAGUGGGGAGGCUCUGUAGCAGUGUUUACAAGUGAUCAGAGUCAGUUCUACUACAGAAUGAACGGUUUUUUCUUAAUCCAAUCAACUAAUUCGUAUUGUUUAAACUCGGGAGUUAUUUUAAGUGGUACAAGUUAUACAGUUAAUAAUAAUUAUCCUUUUGAUUAUGAUAAUCCUGGACAACCUUUCAGUGCAAUUUUGAUUAACAAGAAGUUUGGAGUUGAUGUUUUUGUUAGAGAGUCAUUAUGGUCACUGGGAACUACAUUUCACUGUGGAGUGCAUACAUAUCAGGCAGAUGCAGUAGGAUUAAUUUAUCCAAAUGAAGCGGGAGUUUAUUCAACUACAAGAUUUGCAAUAUCUCCAUUAGAUUGUGAAUAUUCUCAAUGGUCAUCAUGGCUUCCAUGCACAAGUACAUGCAGGGGUGGAACAACUUAUAGGUGGAGAUAUCCACUGAAUGAGGUUAUGGCGGGAGGGUUGGAAUGUACAAUAACAUCUCAGAUAUCUUCUUGUAAUUCUGAUGUAGAAUGCUUAACAUGUGGAUUUACAGAAUGGGGAAGUUGGACUCCUUGUUCAGCUUCUUGUGACGGAGGAAUUACAAUUAGAACAAGAAGUUUGAAUCAUUCUGCUCCUGGAUGUGAUUCUCUACUUAAAGAGACAUCUUCAUGUAAUAGUUCUCCAUGCCCAGUAGAUUGUGCCCUUUCCUACUGGUCUCCUUGGACCGCAUGCUCAAAGUUUUUAUGUGAAGGAACGAAAUCAAGGUAUAGGGUAAUUACAAGGGAGGCAAAAAAUGGAGGCACCGCAUGCCCAUUAUCUAGUCAGUUAAAACAGGUAGUGGAAUGUACGGAUUCAUGUGAUGGAAUUUGCGAAACUCAACUGGAACCAAUAUGCCAAAACGGUGGCGAAUGUUUUAGUAUAGGCAAUGAUAGCUAUUAUUGCAAAUGUGAAGAAGGCUUUUAUGGCAGGAAUUGCACAAUAUCUUCCGAUAAUAAGUUUAAUAUCAUUGUAGGUACAUCUUCUGGGCUUGCUAUUGGAUUACUGGUAGUAUUAUUUAUAUUACUAUUAACUAGAUCACGCCAAUGA